AUGAAUCCGACACGUCUGACAUUGAUGCUAAUCUUUCUAAGCUUUCUUCUCCAGCUGAAAACAACAAUGACGUCAAUGAGAUUGCUGAGCUCGACAUCGAUGAUUUUGAUUUCAUUGCGAAGCAUCGCUUAUGUAUUUAUAUUAGAUAUGGGUCGUUCAAAUCUUAAGAUAAUCUUAGACACUGGAGCCGCAAAUAAUUUUGCACCAGUAUCUAUUGGUACAUAUUAUAAGGAUGCCAAAAUUUUCCAACUCAAGAAUAUUAUUCGAGUAAAAACAGCUGACGGAACUAUUCAUGAAAUUACCCAAGGAUGCAAAAUAAUGUUACCACCACCUUUUCGCACCACUUAUUUAGUCAAUGAAUUUGGAUGGAAAGAGGGACAGUUAUCACAAUCUUCAUUGUUGCAGGACCUCCAUGAUGACGUACAAGUUCGACUUGCUGAAUUGGACGGUGUAAAUACAAACGUUGAAAAACAUAAUGAUCUUAGGGUUCGUCGAAUGGCUUAUAUUAAUCUGAUGCGACAACCGUUCCAAAAACUGGCUUCAUUUAUGAAAGGCGAUUGGAUUCUUCUUUUCUCAAUUACAGUCCAUCUUCCUGGACGUCCCUUAUCCAUCAUCCCCCAAUCUGGAUAUUCCUGUCAACAGAAUUGA